CAGCGAUUUAACCAAAAGGCGUGCGGCGCGGUGGCGGCUAACAGCCCAAUCCCAGACCUCCGGCUCGCAGGCUUCCCUCAGGACUGCCGCGUCGUGCGCCGGUUGCCAUGGCAACCCCACGCGGGCCUGGCUGGCACCGCGGCGCCCGAGGCCGGAAGUGACGCGCGUUCACCUGCCGAGCGGGCGGGGGAGGGGCGCGCCGCGGUGCCACCGCCUCUGCAGCCGCCGCGAGCCAGUCGGGAGCGCGCGGGGCGCCGGCAGAGCCAGAGCCGGAGCCGGAGCCGCCUACCUGCAGCAGCAGCCUCGCCCGCGGCCGGCAGCACCAUGGCUCUUCUGCUGCGCUUCGUGCUCCUGUGCGGAGCCGCCGAUCUCACUAGAAGUUUGAGUAUCACUCCUCCUGAUCAGAUGACGAUUGAAAAAGCCAAGGGGGAAACUGCCUAUCUUCCAUGCAAAUUUACUAUUGAUCCUGAUGACCAGGGACCACUGGACAUUGAAUGGCUGCUGUCGCCAGCUGAUAAUCAGCAAUUGGAUCAAGUGAUUAUUUUAUAUUCUGGAGACAAAAUUUAUGAUAACUACCAUGAAGCUCUCAAAGGACGAGUACACUUUACGAGUAAUGACCUCAAAUCUGGUGAUGCAUCAAUAAAUGUAACAAAUUUACAGUUAUCGGAUAUUGGCACAUACCAGUGCAAAGUGAAAAAAGCUCCUGGUGUUGCAAAUAAAAAGGUCUUGCUGACUGUCCUUGUUAAGCCAUCAGGUACAAGAUGUUUCGUUGAUGGAUCAGAAGAAAUUGGAAAUGACUUUAAAAUAAAAUGUGAACCAAGAGAAGGUUCACUUCCGUUGCGAUAUGAAUGGCAAAAAUUGUCUGACUCCCAGAGAAUGCCUACCCCAUGGUUAGCAGAAAUGACUUCACCUGUUAUAACUGUGAGAAAUGCUACUUCUGAAUACUCUGGGACAUACAGCUGUACAGUGCAAAACAGAGUGGGCUCUGAUCAGUGCCUGCUGAGUCUGGAUGUUGUUCCCCCUUCGAAUAAAGCUGGAACAAUUGCAGGAGCUGUUAUAGGAACUUUGCUUGCUCUUGUGAUCAUUGGUCUCAUCAUCUUUUGCUGUCGUAAAAAGCGCAGAGAAGAAAAGUAUGAAAAGGAAGUGCACCAUGACAUAAGAGAAGACGUUCCCCCUCCAAAGAGCCGGACAUCCACUGCCAGGAGUUACAUUGGCAGCAACCAUUCAUCUCUGGGAUCCAUGUCUCCUUCCAACAUGGAGGGCUAUUCUAAGACUCAGUAUAACCAAGUUCCAAGUGAAGACUUUGAUCGUGCUCCCCAGAGCCCAACUCUCCCACCCGCUAAGGUAGCUGCCCCUAAUCUAAGCCGAAUGGGAGCGGUUCCUGUGAUGAUUCCAGCACAAAGCAAGGAUGGGUCUAUAGUAUAGAACCUCUGUAAUUUUCUUCUUUGCUCUUUGUGUUUCUUUUCUUCUGUUGAUAUAUGAAAAUUUAUUCAGGUUUAAUCUUGUUAAUGGCCUCAAAAUACAUGAAAACUUAACCAGAAACUGUUAAAAAUUAUGCUCCACAAAGUUUUAUUUGGUUAUCUUGAAACAGUAAAGUAUUUAUAGAGAUAGUUUAUGACCUUCACCAUCUUUAAGAGCCUGAUUUUAAAGGUUAAUUUAUCUGAGUUAUAUGUAGCACUUUGUAUAGGGAAUCACAAGUGAGGAGCUCUGUGAAUUUACACACAAGCCAAGUUGGUUACUUGAAUCAUCUGAAAGUUGUACUUUAUAAUUUCAUUAUUUUAAAGAUAUGCGUCUCAUUUAUUUGUGAUCCAACAGUGUCCCUAAGAUCAGUAAAGAAACAUACAUAGCAAAAAUACUUCAAUAUAUUUGUACUUGUGUUUUUAGCCUCUUUAAAAACUCUAAUUGUGUUUAGAAUAUGUUUAAUAACAAAACAGUACAAUGUUGUAGAAAUGACUUGUUUUACUUCCAAGUCAAUCAUAAACUAUGAAAUGAUUUCUUGAGACCCGAAUUUCUUUAAACACCAACAGGACAUAGACUUUCAUAUGCUAAAGGAGCAUUUGUUAGAUUCAAUUAGAACAUUUAUAUCAGCUAUAUGUAUAGAUGACACCAUAGGUGCAACAGUGGAGAUAGAGCUACUUGACAGGUGAUCUGGUGCCUUGAGGCCUUGGUCUGCAGAGAGGGCCAGCUAGAUCCAGGAUGUUGCAUUCACAGCCCCCAACUAAACACUUUAGGCUUUCCACUUUAGGUUGUAUUUAUCUAAAAAGUUACAGUUGUUAUUAUCUGAUAAAUAUAGAUGAGCAUUUCCUAAUUAUUGAUCCUAAAUUUGUGUGUGUUUUUUUUUCCACCCCUGCUUCAGUUUCUUUUUGGGGGAAUGGUAUUGCAUAUUUUAUGUUCUCAAAAUAUGUAAGCCUAAACUUACCCUCUUGAAUGCAGUUCCUGGAGGAUAUUUUCAUCAUGGACUCAGUGAUCAAAUACAUUUUGUACAAGUCCGUGUCCUCCCUCAAUUCUUUAUUCCAGACAUGGGAGGAUGUACAGUUGCUGUUUUGUAGUCAAGCAUGUCUUUGUGUAGUUCCAGCAAAUCAGGGUGAGCUUUGAAAAGUUUGAGUAUUAGUUUUGUGGAAAUGAUUUAUUCUUUAAAGAAAGAAAAAGGUGUAAAGAGAAUACUCCUAUCUGCCAAAUGUGUUUUAGUAGAAUAAAGUGGAUUUAUUGUAUUUCCCUUAAGAUUUGAGGGACUGUGGAUAUAGUAGAAUGAGCCAGCAGUUUUUUUUUAAUAGUAAAUAAGGUUUGUAAUAAAUUAUUUGAUUAGCUGUAAAACCAUUUCCCUAGAUUUUUGUAGGGAGUUGGUUUCUGAUAUCUCUUUGGGUGCUGUGGUGGUAAAUGCUACAUUAAUUAAUGCUGGCAAGCAUUGACAGGCAGUGUCAUGUACACUUUUUAAUGGUAAAUCUAAGCUGAAUGUGUAAUGAAUUAGUGUACAGUGUUACAUUAGAAAGCAUUUUUUAAGUGGGUUUUUAACCUUACAUAAAAUUACUUUUUAUACUUGUGUUAACAUUUUCAUCUGUGCCUUUUUGGAUAAUAAUUUCUGUAUGACUUUCUGGUGCCUAUGAGCUAGCUAUCACCUUAUUGGAAAGGUGCUUAGAGGUGAAGGUACUGUUUCUAAAAACACAUCACUGUGACAUGCUCUGUCCUCAUGCUUUCAAUCUUGCCUUCUCCUGUCCCCCUUUUUAAAAUGUAACUUAAAUGACCAUUAUUCGUAAGGAUUUAGACAUUUUAACAUACCUAACACUCUGUUUCUAAUUUUAUAACAGUGGCUAUUUUUGAAUACUAAACGUUUGGCCUAUUUUAAAGAUAUUACAAGAUUAAAAUAGAACACAAACUUCAAUAGUAAAACUGAUCUGUCCUGUUUCUGAUUUUGUUAUUGAUUUAAGCAGGAGUUAUUCUAGAAAGUGAACAUACGUAAAAUUUUACUUUCCUUAGACUUCAUAUUUAUUUAAGGUUUGAUAAGUGAAUCAGCCUCUUUCAGAAAGUAUUUCAGUUUAUAUCCAUAAUCAGCUAUACUCUGAAAAUUAAGCUUAUUAAAAAUAACUUGGGUAAACAGAACAGACCUUUUGGAUAAGAUUGAUAUUAUAGAACAUAGUUUUAAGCUUGUCUCCGGUUACUCUUACUGUAAAUUUCACUUGAUUCAUAAAAUAAUUCUCACUGGUAAUGUGAGAGGAACCAGAGGGUAAAUACUUGUUCAAGAAUUACUACGACAAAUAAUUAAGUAGUUAAUUAAAACUUGCUAGAGUAUCUCAAUGAGAGAGCCAGUAAUAAUAGUCAAGGAAAGUACUCCUCUAAGCAAAACUGUUUGAUUCUACUGUAUAUCUGAGAAAUCUGUGUCAUCAUUUAAAAUUACAUAGGAUAAUUUGAAGGAAGUGAUACUGUGAAUUACAGUUUUGUGCUUUGAAUUUGCAGUAGUUUACAGGCAUUGUUUUUCUUAGUGCUUUUCUUCAUAUUUUCCUGUUGCAAAGCUCUCCUACCAAAGACUCUCACUGAUUACACUGAUCAGGUUUUUUGGACAAAUUAUUCCUUUUAAACUCGAACUAUUUGCCAAGGAUUUAGUACAUUAGUCAAGUAUAGUGUGUCUUAGGGGGAUGUUUGUUGAUAAACCCAAAUUAUUGUGCAUAGAGAUUAUGGAUAUAAAGGAAUAUUUGACUUUUAUUAAAAAGAUAAGAAAUUUACAAUUAAGUCUUAGAAUUUUGGAUUAAGUGAAAGGUCAAAUAAACAGCUUUUUUAAAUAGAAGAAUUCAUUGCAUGAAGUUAGCUACCAAAUUAUGUAAUACAUGGCUAAUAAAAAUAACUGUUCUCAAUCUGUUUCUGUAUGCAUGCAGCAUGUAAAUUUGAAGUUAUGUGCAUGUUUAUAGUUUUUUUCUAAUUUGCAUUUCAACAGUGUUUAGAGUUUGGAUGCCUUAUUCUAGUAUGAACAGAAAAGUCCUUAUUUUAUGUGUUUGACUCUUGAUGUGUCAUAUGGAGUAGUUUAUAGGAAAUGUUGGCACAAUUUGAACUUUUCAGUAGCUUGUGACAUUACAUAUUAUAUAUAUAUGUACAUAUGUCUUCAUUAUAUUUCGGUGUUUAGUAAUGUAAAUGUUCUGGGCAAGUUUUAAUAUUUCAAAUGCCUUUGGAUAGUCCAGCAAUAAAGGCAACAUAUUCUGCAAUAGAAUUCUUUGUUUGCCUACUUCAACACUAAAAUAGUCCAUAAGGGACCACAAACUCCUUUUAUAAAUAUUACGCAGCAAGGGAGAAUAAUACAUUUGUGAAUUGUGGUUUUUGUUUUGGAAGGCUGACCAUUUAUCUUACAGAUAUUAACUGCAGCCUCUUAAAACCAAAUUUUAUACAAUAUCCUAUUUUUGUAAUUUAAGAAUAUAAUGAAUAUCAAUGGGUUUAGUUUUUUUUUGUUUGUUUGUUUUGUUUUGUUUUGUUAUACUGGGAAUUGAACUCAUGACCUUGCACUUGCUAGGGAGAUUACUAUGCUACCGAGCCAUAUCCCCAGCCUUGGGUUUAGUUUUGAUCACAGACACUGAUAUUUCCAUCAAAGAUGUGCUUUGUGUUUUCUGUUAACUUGGUUAAUUAUGCAAGUAUUAAAACCACAAUUCACUGAUUCACUCAUUGUUAUCCCUGUGAAUUUUAGUGAUAAAUACACUUGCACUACUGAGAAAAAUAUUUUGACACUUCACAUUUACAAAAUAGAGUAUUGACAGUGUCAGUUUCAGGUUUUGUAUUUAAAAUUUCUGGCUUACAUGUUCAAUGGUGCAGAUUUUGAAAUUUGUAAGAACAAAUUUGUUUAAAAAAAACAAAAACUUGCUCUUAGUUUUGUGACCUUGUGUACUUUUGAAAUAAAAUCAAGAGGUUCUCUGC